CGUAAAUAAAAAUGACUCAAACUCCGGCUAGUGGGGACAUUUUGAAUUGACCAAAGUGAGACGGCGUUCGAAGGAGUCUGUGAUAAACUUAAAAACUUAAGGCUGUGAUUGCAACUGGCUUAUGCAAUCUUGAUGUUUGAUGUUUGUGCGAAAGGAGAAGAUCCAGUAGGAUGGUGAAGAGCUUAGACACUUGAGGGCUUUUUUAUUUCCCAGGCAAGCUCGCACCACCAAGAGCCUGUCUCUGAGACCCUACCCCGCACCCCGUCGAGGAUGGCCAAUCAGGAGAAGGAUACGGAGACACUUCCUGAGUGCAGCACGGAGGACACGCCCGUGAAGUCCGAGACCACCAGCUCUCCGCUGGGCGAGGAGGCGUCGGCGGCGGGGGACACUCUCUCGGAGAGCUGCUCGGCGGGACUCCUGUCGAUGCCGUGCCUGCUCAAGGACCUCCGACCCCAGAACACCGGCGGCAGCACGAGGCCGCGCGCGCACGACGAGAGCGACUCCUCCCCCUGCCUGCUGUCCCCGUCCUCCUCCGGUCACCUGGGCGACUCGGACACGCAGUCGUCGGCGGAGGAAGGCAAGCGCGCUCUGGGCACCGGCGCGGUCGUCGCCGGGGACACGGCGGCGACAGGCAGGAAGUCCCGCCGCUCGCACUCAGAGAGCGACACCCCCAACGCUACCAUGGCGGCUAAGAAGAACCGGUGCCAAGAGCGGCAGGCGAACGGGCGCGUCCGGGUCCGGGGCCACCGGAGCCGGCUGCAGAAGGAGCGCAUGCGCAUGCGCAGGCAGAAAAGGGAGGCGGCCGCGCGGCGCAAGCCAGACCUGCUGCAGGACAGCAGCACGUCUGACAGCGACAUCACCGCACAGUCGUCAUCAUCGUCGUCAUCGUCAUCAUCCUCAGAUAAUGAGCACGGUGCCGGCAUCAAUUCACACACACCAGCUCGCCGUCGCCGUCGGACAGAAUAUUCCCGAGCAGCGUCCCACGGUAGGAGCCUCCUGGCUGAGGGCGGAGCCACCAGCAGCGGACUGGGCGGAGUCCUGGAGGAGGCGCUGACUCGAUUCGCCGUCAUGCAGCGGCAAACGGAGGAGCACUUCCGCGUGUGGAUGGAUCGCCUGGCCCGCCUCCACUCGGACAGCGACCAAUCGGAGAGCGAGCAGGGAGGGGGGCGCGGCCGUCAAAGUUCCUUCCUUCCCUCGUCCGAGUCCCAGGAGACGCUGGCCGCCUGGCGCAUGGCCCAGCUGAGCGCCAGCGUAAACGCUACCUUCCCCACGCAAAACGCCACGUGCAGCGGAGCCCCCGAUUCUGUUGACCCCAACCUGCUGAAUGUAUAGAGGAGGACUCUCUCCCCCACAUACUCUCUGCCUCCCAACUUUAUCCUCCACCUCUCUUUCUUUUUCUGUCUCCCUUUCUUGCUCUUGAAUCUCUCCAUUUCCCACAUCGCAACCCCUGCCCUGUCCAACAUCUUUAGAUGUUUCUUUCUUGCCCCCCUCUCCCCCCCCCCAUCCCUCUCUGAGAGCAUGUGCCUUUGAGGUACUCAGGAGCUUCUGACUUUUUGUUAACUUGUGCACGGCGUCGCUGACAAAAAAAAACUAACAAAAACAGAUCCUCUUACUGCAGUAUGCCAGCAAUGCUACGCUAUCGUGCCACUUAACACUGGAACCCACUGAUUGCCCAGGAAUUGCCCAGCAACGUCUCAGGGUUGCUUUUAGAUGUGUUUGAAGAAAUUGUUUGUUUUUACGUUGACAGUGUGCUUUUAGUAACGGGUCAGAUUCUGAAUUGGUUGUCGUUAGGUAUGUUUUGUUUUUUUGUUUGUUUUUGGGUUUGAGUUGUAUGUCCGAUGUUCCUUUGCUGUAACUGGUAACCUGCAUGUGACAAAAACAGAACAAGCCAGCUUAGCUUGACUUUCACUCGUUCACAGAGUUAGCAUUUAUGUACACAAACAACAGCCACGCUGUACUCAUGAAUGUGGUUAACACAUUUGCUGUACCCCGUUUACUAUUUACAUUUGUCUUUAGAUACUCAGACAGUACAUGCACGCCUACAAGUGACCAUUUGAAGAUUCACUCUUUAACAAAUGACCAGUUCAUUUUUAAAAUGCUUAAGCUAUGAAAGUUGCUUUACUAUGUUUUUUUUGUUUGUUUGUUUGUUUGUUUGUUUGUUUGUAUGAACGGACUGAGUGCAAGACUACUUUCUAAGUGCUAACAAACAUUAGGCUGUCUUUACACCUUUAACAGGGAGCUUAGGGUAUCUCUCUAAUUGCUUGUCAACGUCAAAUAUCUUUAAACUAGAGUGCCUGUUUAUUCGAAUGCCUGUUUACAUUAAAUACAUACAAGGAAGAGUGAACCUCUGUGUGAGUGUGUUUCAAAGGCUGUUCUGUAGUGAAACAAGACAUGAGCUUGUCUGUCAUUGUAUAUCCUUAAUGAAGAUUCUACAAGUAAGCCUGCUCUUGUGGUAUUAAAGCAGUGAUACCUAAAGUGUGGGGCUGGCCCCUCGUAGGGGGGUGGGGGGGUGAGAAACUGGGCAUGAAACGUAACAACCAACUACACUUUUUGUAACCCACACAAAUGUUGUAUGUCUGUGCUCUUACAGUAUAGUAGCCUAUAGCUAAGCUAUUUGGUGCUGAGGUUCUAGCCUACUUUGUACAUUUAGCCUAUAUAUUAUUUAUUAACGCAAUUCAGAACUCAUUCAGAAUAGCAUGUAGAAGCUAUUUACCUCAUUUCAAACAAAUCGGCCAUGAGAUGUUGGUACGACAAGCUACAACACGUUUCCCUCUGUUUCUCUGGCAUUGUUUGUUCUAUUUUCAAAAUGAAUUUUCUCUUCAAAUCUCUCCGUAACAUUUCUAAAAUUAAAAUGGUCCUCUUUCACCUGUUGACGUUUUCAAAUCAUUCAACCUUUUGCCACUUGGGAAGUUUUCACUCUGCUUGGACCCCGAUGAUUGGUGCUGUAUUUUUUAUUUAAUUUUUUAUAAUCGUCAAAGGGGGUCAUGCCAUGAAAAGUUUGGGAACCACUAUUGAAGGAAGAGGAAAUUAUUUGUUAACAUCAUUUAAACAACACCUGUUCCCUUAUGGAGGAUUCGGCAUAAGUGCCCAAAACACCAGAAUUGGAGUUAAAUGUGAGUUUAUUGAAAAAGAUGAAGUGUUGUAAAUGAAGGUUAAAUUAAUCCAAUGAUGAAAUGUAAACACUUAAUUUCAAAUGCACUUCUGCCAGGUUGUUAGUUUGUAAAGUUUAUUAAAUGCUUUUGCAAAUCACAGAGACAUGAGGGCUCAAUUUGGCACUACUCAAUACUUUUGUAAGUAAGGAUGCACUGAUACCAGUAUCAAGGCUGCGGUCAGGAGAUGUCUCUUUUUUGCUGCCCUAUCAGACCUUCCUGCUGGAAAUAGUUGGGUAUGGGAAGUUGAUAGAAUACCGGAGGAAAACUGUUAAUUAAUAAUUAUUACACAAAUGUAAGAAC